AUGUCUGAUGAAUUCCAAAUUACCAACGGCCCCGACCAAAAAUAUUACAAAAAAUAUAACAAAAACAUCUUCUUCUCUUACCCUUCUUCAUCCACUUCUUUUCAGUCGGGAUACCUUGGUAUUGGUCCUUCAAAAAUUUCUGGGUUCCUGCACAUUCGAUCUCCC